AUGGCUACUGGUGUGAACCUGCGCACACAUCGGACUGGCGGAGGCCGGCACGAAGUUCUGGGCACCACCGGCAAUGGAUCACACGACGUUCGGGGAUGUGACAUCGCAGAAUCGCAGCUCAUGCCUGCAUCGGGCACGACCGUGCAAGUAAAGUUGGAGUCCUCGCAGCCUGCCGGAGUUGCGCAGCCAAGGGAGGUGCCCUCACUGCAACUGAAGCCAAGACCGGCCGGCACGUCGAGAAACCAGCCCCAAGCCACCCCUGCUGGCGAAGCAAAGAUAAAUGCCUCCAAGCGCUUGCAGGGCCAUGGCGCCGGCAGCAGCAGCAACGAUCUUCAUGGUCAUGGGAAAUGUGCGAAAUGCAAAGAGCGGGCUCUGGAUUGCUUG